CGUUAGUCCUUGUAUUGAACAUGUCAAAUUUUUAACCAAAUUUUCUGGAAAUUAAAUAAAUGUUUUUAUUGAUUUGGCAAUUUGAAUAAUACCACGUUUGUUAACAAGGUUAGUUGGUGAUAUUUUAGAAGCGGAGAAAUAAUAAUGUUCUACGUAUUGCUGAAAUUGUGGACCUAACCUCACUCUUCCCGAUUCACCUUGCGAGGGUCAUUUCCAACUUAAUUCUUCAUACAAUUUCGUUUUGAACACGAUAUCAAAGCAAAACGACGUUCCUUAACUCUGUAGUCGGUAGGAUUACACCAAGUUGAGUAAUUCAAAGAGAUGGAAGAGUAUACACGUGAACCAUGUCCCUGGCGUAUCGUAGACGACUGUGGGGGUGCUUUUACCAUGGGUCUUAUCGGCGGCGGCGUUUUUCAAAGUAUAAAAGGGUUCCGAAAUGCACCUUCUGGUAUCAAUCGAAGGCUGCUUGGCAGUGUGACAGCCAUUAAACAAAGGUCACCUAUUAUAGCUGGUAAUUUCGCGGUUUGGGGUGGUAUGUUUUCGACGAUAGACUGUGCUCUGAUACACAUCAGGAAGAAAGAGGAUCCCUGGAAUUCAAUCAUCAGUGGGGCUGCCACGGGUGGCAUAUUGGCAGCAAGAAAUGGAUUACCUGCAAUGGCCGGCAGUGCCUUUAUAGGUGGUGUCCUCUUGGCUUUAAUUGAAGGUGUAGGAAUAUUGUUUACUAGAUUAAGUGCAGAGCAGUUUCAGCCCCAGUUGCCCCCCAUGGAAGACCCAUCACAGUUGGGCCAAAGUCAGCCUCCUCCAGGUUAUGCCUAUCAAUAGUCUAUCUAAAACUUUAGGCACAUUUUUGUCCCAUGGUGUCAUCAACUGUAAUAAAACAUGUGAUAGAGCAAUGGACAGGCGUGCGUUUUACUUUGCCUUGUUUUUUGUUCUUUAAAUGGGUGAUGCUGAUUAAUUUAUUGAAGGUUUCUUUGAAUUUGUGCAGCAGUUUUACAAAAACCCUAGGAAUAAAAGAAAUUUA